GAGGGCGAGGAGCUGGUGCAGGCCAAGCCGGAGCUGAGCGGGGCGGUGCGGCGGCAGCUGGAGGAGCUCAGGAGAUGCUGGCAGGAGCUGGAGACCACGAGCCAGGCGCGGAGCCGGCGCUUGGCCGAGGCGGCGGCCGCCGAGCGCCUGGCGCGGAGCUACGCCGACAUGGAGGCGCGGCUGGGCCGGCUGGAGGAGCAGCUGGAGAGCGUGGGCAGCGGCGCCGACCUGCGCAGCGUCAGCCGCCAGCUCAAGAGGCUGCAGACGAUGGAGUCGCAGGUGGAGGAGUGGUACAAGGAGGUGGGCGAGCUGCAGGCGCAGGCGGCGGCGCUGCCGGCGCAGGCGGCCGGGCGGGACGCGGUGGGCGAGCGGCAGAGCGCGGUGGGGACGCGCAUCGUGCGCCUCAUCGAGCCCCUCAAGGAGCGGCGGAGGAUCCUGCUGGCCUCCAAGGAGGUGCAUCAGGUCAGCCAUGAGCUGGAGGACGAGGUGAUGUGGGUCCAGGACCGCCUGCCCUUGGCCAUGCUGAAGGACCAUGGCACCAACCUCCAGACCGUCCAACAGUUCAUCAAGAAGAACCAGAACCUGCGCCGGGAGAUCCAGGUGCACCGGCCCCGCGUGGACGAGGUGCUGGAACGCGCCGCCGCCGUGGCCUCCAUCAAGAGCCCCGAGGCCGAGGGCGUGCGGUGCCUCCUGGAGCGGCUGGGGACCAUGUGGGCGGAGCUGCAGGAGCAGACGGAGCGCCGGCAGCAGGCCCUGGAUGCCACCUACCAGCUGGAGCAGUACUACUUCGACGUGGCCGAGGUGGAGUCGUGGCUGGGAGAGCAGGAGCUGCUCCUGAUGAACGAGGAGAAGGGGAAGGAUGAGCAGAGCACCCUCCAACUCCUCAAGAAGCACCUCCUCACCGAGCAAACCAUCGAGAACUACGAGGAGACCAUCGCCCAGCUCUCCCGCCAGUGCCGCGCCCUCCUGGAGCUCGGCCACCCCCAGAGCGAACAGGUCAGCAGGCGGCAGUCGCAGGUUGACCGGCUGUACGUGUCUCUGAAGGACCUGGUGGAGGAGCGCAAGGUCAAGCUGGAGCAGCAGUACUGGCUCUACCAGCUCAACCGCGAGGUGGACGAGCUGGAGCACUGGAUCGCCGAGAAGGAGGUGGUGGCCGGCUCGCCCGAGCUGGGGCAGGACUUCGAGCACGUCACGCUGCUGCAGGAGAAGUUCCUGGAGUUCGCCAGCGAGACGGGCAGCGUGGGCCAGGAGCGCAUCGCCGCCGUCAACCAGAUGGUGGACGAGCUCAUCGACUACGGCCACACCGACGCCGCCACCAUCGCCGAGUGGAAGGACGGCGUCAACGAGGCCUGGGCCGACCUCCUGGAGCUGAUGGAGACCCGCGCCCAGAUGUUGGCGGCGUCCCACGAGCUGCACAAGUUCUUCAACGACUGCAAGGAGGUCCUGGGGCAGAUCGAGGAGAAGCGGCAGCGGCUGCCCGAGCUGGCGGCGCGCGAGGGCAGGACCUCGGCCGGCGCCUUGCAGAGGGCCCUGGGCGCCUUCGAGCACGACGUGGAGGUGCUGGUGACGCAGGUGCGGCAGCUGCAGGAGGGCGCGGCGCAGCUGCGGACGCUCUACGCCGGGGACAACGCCGAGGCCAUCGCGGGGCGCGAGCAGGAGGUGCUGCGGGCCUGGAAGGAGCUGCUGGCGGCGUGCGAGGAGUGCCGGCUGCACGUGGCCAGCGUGGCCGACAAGAUCCGCUUUGUGGGCACCGUCAGGGACCUGCUGGCCUGGAUGGACGGCGUGCUCCACCAGAUGGGCGCCGGGGAGAAGCCCAGGGACGUGUCCUCGGUGGAGCUGCUGAUGAACGACCACCAAAGCCUCAAGACCGAGAUGGAGGCCCGGGCCAAGAACGUGGCCACCUGCCUGGAGCUGGGCAAGACCCUCAUCCUCAGCAAGAGCCCGGCGGCCGACGAGAUCAAAUCCCACAUGGAGAAGCUCCUGGCUAAGAAGAAGGAGAUGACGGAGAAGUGGGACAAGCACUGGGAGUGGCUGCAGCAGAUGCGCGAGGUGCACCAGUUCGCGCAGGAGGCCGUGGUGGCCGAUGCGUGGCUGACGGCCCAGGAGCCGCUGCUGAAGAGCCAGGAGCUGGGCAGCAGCGUGGACGAGGUGGAGCAGCUGAUCCGGCGGCACGAGGCCUUCCGGAAGGCGGCGGCCGCCUGGGAGGAGAGGUUCAGCUCCCUGCGGCGCCUCACCACGAUCGAGAAGCUCAAGGCCGAGCAGAACAAGCAGCCGCCGACACCACUCCUGACCCGAAAAUUUCUGGGGGAGCCGCCGGGAGGUGCCGACCCUCGCCGGCCGGAGCCGCGCGUGGCCUACGUCCGGCACGAGCUGCGGCCGGAGCGCCUCCAGCCCAAGCUCGACCGCGUCCAGCCGCCGGCUGCCGACGGAGCGCCCGCCGAAGAGCCCGGCGAGGUCCGGCCGGGGCUGCCGGAGCGGCGCCGGGAGCGCCGGGAGCGCCGGCUGGAGCGGCAGGAGUCCAGCGAGCCGGAGCCGCAGCGGCACGACGGGAAGGGCGGCGGCAAAGCCACCCUGGCCGACAUCGUGGAGCAGCUGCAGGAGAAGGAGGCGGGUGGCCCCGUGCCGGCUUCCCCCUGCUGUCCCCAGCCCCGUGACCGUGACUCGCCCGCCCGUCUCCCCGCUGGCCCCGAGGCCCUGCCGGAGAGGACCCCUCGUCCGGACCGUCCCCGUGCGCGGGACCGGCCGAAGCCGCGGCGCCGGCCGCGCCCCAAGGACUCGGCGCAGGGCCCGGGGGCGCGGCGCUCGCGGUCAGCGCCGGCGCAGGGCAGCGCGCCCCCGCCGCCGCCGCCACCCGCCCACACCGUGACGCACGAGGGGUUCCUGCUGCGCAAGCACGAGCUCGACGGCGCCGGCAAGAAGGCGUCCAACAGGUCCUGGGUGAACCUCUACUGCGUCCUGGCCAAGGGCGACCUGGGCUUCUACAAGGACGCCAAAGGCCCCGCGUCCGGCGCCACCCACGGCGGGGAGCCCCUGCUCAGCCUGCACCGCGCCGCCAGCGAGGUGGCCAGCGACUACAAGAAGAAGAAGAACGUCUUCAAGCUCAAGACCGGCGAUGGGAGCGAGUUCCUGCUGCAGGCCAAGGAUGAGGAGGACAUGCAGGGCUGGCUGCGGGCGCUGGCCGCCAGCGCUCAGGAACACGCCGAGCUGGCCCGGUGGCAACAAGGCCUCCUCACCACCUCCUCCACCGACGAGGGGCUCCCCCGGCGCGACCCCGACCGGCCCCGGCGGAAGUGA